CAUCAGCGUUCUUUGGUUUGGUGUUUAACGAUGAGCAGACAAUAAUCACAAUGCGGCUCUAGAAAACGUUACUACUCCUUCGUUACCGCAGGCGGUGGAGGGGUGUAUUAUCUAUUUCUCUGAAAUAACGUGGAAGAGAAAUAGUUUAAUACCCCUUAAGUCCGACAAAACUCCACUCCGAACACAAAGCUAACCCGUUAGCCAUGGAGGAGAGGAAGGAAGAGGGUGAAGCUGAAAUCCAAGAGCACGGCCCCGAGCACUGGUUCUCGAAAUGGGAACGGCAGUGUCUGGCAGAGGCUGAACAGGACAAUCCCAACGAAGAGGAAAGGGAGCAGAGCCAACAAAAAAUGUGGCACCUCUUUCAGAACUCUGCUACCGCCGUUGCACAGCUUUAUAAAGACCGUGUGUGCCAGCAGCAAGGUCUCUCCCUCUGGGUCCCCUUCCAGAAUGCAGCCACCACUGUCACUAACCUGUAUAAAGAGAGUGUAGAGGCCCACCAGCGGAGCUAUGACCUGGGUGUUCAUUUAGGCCACCAGCGCAGGAAUAAAGAGGUGAUUGCAUGGGUUAAAAAGAGACGACGAACUAUAAGACGGGAAGAUCUCAUCAGCUUCCUCUGUGGCAAAGUUCCACCACCUCGGACAGCUCGUGCACCACCCAUAGUUACUAUGGUGUCUGCAAGUCGACCAUCGCCACCAGAGGCAGAUAACUCUGUUGAGGCAGACCUGCAGCCUUUCAGAGAGGCUAUAGCCCUGCAUGGUCUCAGUGGUGCCAUGGCUAGCAUUUCUGUGCGUUCCGGUCCUCCCGGUUCCCCAACACACCCUGCACAGUCUCUUAGUCGACGUCGGAAUGGCCUCCACGACAUGGACCUUAACACCUUCAUAGCAGAGGAGAUGGCGCUUCACUUAGAUUCUAAUGCAACCCGUAAACGAGGCUCAGCACCCCACAGUGACGUCAUCACAGACUCACCCACUCAUAAACGGAACAGGAUGCUGUGAACUGAAUGUUCGAACCCUCAGCUGUCCUCUCCUCUGUGGCCAGUUGGACAGACGAUAAGAACUGAUACCUUGGCCAACCAUGAAACUCUUCCUCCUAAGUUGCAAUGUUACAAAUAAAGAAAAGCUUGAAUAUAAUCAGUCUGCAUAUUUUCCCCUUAUUUUUCCACCCAAUUUUCUUUUUCCAAUAAUAAAUUUGUCACUCAUCAUCCAUUGUUUUUUACCCCCAGUGUUCUGAUGCAAGCACACAUUACUUUUUAUCCUUCAAUUUCAAAAUGUUGCAUUUGGAUAUGGCUUGUGUUACACUUUGUUCUUUUUUUUUUAUCUAAUGAACCCAGUACACACCUACAGUUUCAGCUUGCAUCCCUCCCCAUCCUGAACUAUUUUUUUUUCUGCAGUGCAGGCCAAUAUUUGGGCUUUUAUGGAGGCUGAACUGCAGCUGUUCGGCUCCACUUG